UCGCGAGAGUAUAGUACUUGAACGUGUAUAAACACAGGCGUUACCGGAUUGAGUAAAGAGCUUGACUAAAAUUACUUAAAAACAAAAUUGUAAACAUGGUAGUGUGCGUAUGGCAUUGUGCAUAUAUUACUUGUUGGCACGUCAAAAAGGAAAAAAAAAAAAAAAACAUUCUGAAAACCUACCGGCCUGCGUUUGAAUUAACGUCUGUUAAUUCGUAACUUUAACAACCGCCGCUGGAUAUUCCUGGUUAGGUCUGUUUGCCAUUCGAGUGACCUUUGAUACACCUCAAAGCUCAGAGCUAAAGUUUCGGCCAAGGAUGGUGUAAACACGCUCACGGCUGUUCACGGAAUUGUUAUUUCGUUCUCUUAGGAUAACCAUGACGGCAAACUGGAGAGAGACUGUUUUACUCUGUGGAAUUUUUCUAAUUUGCUCUUCUAAGACAGCUGGUCAAACAUGCAGGGGAAAGUGUGGAGCCAUGUCGGAGGUAUGCUCCUGCCACACAACCUGUGUGUCUUUGCUGACCUGCUGCUCGGACUACGACCAACACUGUUUCCAGGUGACGCCUCACUCGGGCUCCAUGCUGGGUGGAAGAGCUCUCCGGAUCAGUGUGGUCCUUCAUCCUAGUGAGCGCCUUCUCUGCAGGUUCAAAGGUGAGAUUAUUCGAGAAGGGUUUAUUGAUGCUGAAGGCCAUGCCCACUGUAUCUCUCCCUUGUUGUAUGAGACGGGUUGGAUACCAUUUGAUGUCUCGACGGAUGGAAUUAAUUUUGACAGAUCUGGAGAGUACUUGUCAGUCCACCCCAGGAAAGCGGACCCUGCUUUCGAGGUCACCCUGGUGAAUGCAACACAGUGGCAGUACUAUGGCACACCGAACGUAGCAGGGUGGCUCAAGAUGACGUGGAACAGCUCUUUGAUUGGAGCAGAUAAGGUCAACGUAGAGCUGUGGGGCUACAGAGAGGUCAACGGGAGCGCGGGAGCAGCGAUGAGCGGAUCAUCCCCUCUGAGGGCUGAGCUCAGCUACCUGUACUCUCUCGGCAGGAAUCUGGACAACACUGGUGCCUUCAGUUUCAUCCCCGAGUGCUCAAAGGACUACUCUGACUGGGACUUGGGGAAUAUCCGCAUAACUUCAAGUUCUAAGUCAGACGGAGCGAGGGAUGUACAGGGACUCUGGAGUGGAGGUCAUGUCUUAGCCUGGCACCUAGACCAGGCUUUCAGAGACAACUCCGCUGCCUGGGCCAAGAACAAGUGUCUGCAAUGGGAUGUCCUGGAGAAGCAGCUGCCCAACUUUCUCAAUGAGCUCAUUGACUGUCCUUGCACUCUGGCACAGGCCCAAGCAGACACAGGCAGGUUUCACGCUGACUAUAGUUGUGACAUUGAGAGAGGCAGUGUUUGCAUUAAUCACCCGGGUAGUGUCCGCUGCUUCAGAGCAAUUCAGGCCAGUCCUACGCAUGGGUCGGGACAGCGGUGUUGCUAUGAUGGCACAGGGGCUCUGGCGCUGACGGGAGACUCCAUUUGUGGCAGCACGCCAGACAGGGCUCACGAUUGGGGCUCACCUCCAUACGGGGAACCACCACGGGUGCCAGAGUACUCCCACUGGCUUUACGAUGUAAUGAGUUUCUACUACUGCUGCCUUUGGUCUGACCACUGCCACAUCUACUUCAGCCAUCGACCCUCAAGCGGUUGUUGCAACUACCAGCCCCCAAAAGCUGGUGUUGUCCUAGGGGAUCCACAUUUCCUAACGUUUGAUGGCCUCAGCUACACUUUCAAUGGCAAAGGAGAGUACUACCUUGUGUCCUCGCCAGACAAAGAGCUGAGUGUUCAGGCCAGAACAGAACAGGUGAAACUUAAGAACGGUGCCUUGGCCAGAGCCACAUGGCUGUCAUCAGUAGCUAUGAGGGAGAAGACCUCUGAUGUCAUCGAGGUGCGUCUGGCAGAGGGCCGCCUUCAGGUGCUGAGGAACCGAAAGGUCCUACCUUUCGCCAAAGAUGAGAUGGAGCAAAGAUGGAUGGACCUGCACAGAGUAUUUGUGUUCAUCCCCAGUCCUCAGAAUGUGACAGUGAUGUUCCUCUCUGGUGUUGGCGUGGAGGUUCGAGUGCAUGAAGGAAUCAUGGCAGUGACUGUCCUGCUGCCAUCAGACUUUGCCAACCACACCCAGGGUCUCCUCGGUCUGAUGAACUCUGACCCAUCAGAUGACCUGUUGACCCAACGAGGAGAGGUCAUCCCCUCGGCCGCUGCCACGCCGGAGGAAAUCUUCGACUUUGGAGCUGACUGGAAUAUUUCAAAGAAGUCUUCCCUUUUCACAUACGAUUCAAAGUACCUUUUGGAUACUUACAGUUUCCCACCAAGCCACGACCCUGCUUUUGUUCCUGCCUUUUCUCAACCUGAGCCACCUGGUGACCCUCUGGUGGCAGACAUGUUGACGACGUGCGUUGGAGAAGGGGCACAGUUCUGUAAAUAUGAUACGUUGACCACUCGGAGCCUUGCAGUGGGAAACACCACACUUGGAGCCUACCAAAACCUUCAGGCCCUAAUGGAAGCCCUGCGGCCAGUGGUGUCUUGUGGUUGGCUUCCCACACCCAGGAAUGGGAAGAAGAGUGGGACACAUUACCUAGAGGGGAACACUCUGAGCUUCUCCUGCAAUGAAGGCUACAGGCUGUACGGUUCAACACAGGGCACUUGUCUGGACGAUGGGACCUGGACAGGAGAGCAACCCUACUGUAUAGCAGGUUCACUGGGAUUUGCAGGGCAAGGAUGUGUCACGCUUUCCGAAUUGAGCGUUGGAAGACUGCAUGACACAGUUUCCCCUGACUAGUUUCAUUUUAUAAUUGGGACGGAGAUGUAGUAACUACAUGGUGUAUUAGCAGAGACUGUGCAGGGGAUCGCCUUGUUUAUAGCUUGAAACCAUAAAUCUGCAAACUGUGUUUAUGUUUUCACUCGGCCACAAAAUGUUUAUCUGCCGAAAUUAAAUAUGACGUCAGGAUGCUUUUCAUCUUCCUUUUGUACAACCCCUGUAAACAGUGUAGACAUACCAAUGUUUGCAUCCUCAAAGUGUUUUUCUCAUCAGCAGUUUACACUUUGCAUAUGGUGGCUUGUGGUUGUCUCAGUGCAUUCCUUGAAGGGACGCAACGAGAAAGACACCCAUCAGAGGAUGUUUGCAAUGUUGACGAAUUUGACAUGGUAAAAAAACGAGCUGCAGUCUAAAAACAAGUCUGGCCACAAUAUAACCCACAAUGCGAAACCCCCUGGAGUUGUUUGUGCUCAAAAUGAGCAUUUGGAUUGAGGUUGAUUCAGUGUGGUGACCACUUUCUACAGUCAUUUGAAGACCAGGCUCAGACAGGCCACAAAAAGAAAUGCACUACUUCAGAAUGUAAAGAGAACGUUCAGAUAAUUUUAUAUUUUUCAGCUUCAACAUAACAGGGAAUCCUAGAAUUUUCUUCAGGACCAUCUAUUUCCAGGUAGAUAUUUAAGUUCUAUAUCAAGUCACAUUCCAGCCCAGUAGAGAUCAGAGAUUCAAGCUUCGGUACCAUGGCCCUCUGUGCUCCGUAUCCCUUUCCGAGUAGAUAUGAAUAUAGCAGCGAUGCUCUUCUACCAUUAGCAGCUCUUUUUUGAGGGUGAGUCAGAUGUACCGUCAUUGUCAGCCCACAACAGAGAUCCAUCUCAGGGUGACUCCCACAAACCAGCGCAGUGGGUGGGAACAUUGUUCCAUGGCGGGAAGUGCAGCAUUGCUGACCAACAUCCUUCUGGCCUCUGGCUCUUUUCCUGACCUAUGAUGAGUUGAUGCAAAAAUAUUUCUGAUUCAGAAGAAUGAUGAUUGCGAGGCUGUUAUCCAUGAUGUCCUUGUUUUUGUUAUCAAUAAAGGAUACAAUAGGGGGGAAAAAAAAAAA